UGCUGAUAAACGAGAAACGAAAAACGCAAUGCAAAAUGUGGAAAACCAAAGCACCAACAACGAAUUUAUUAGCACUGACGUUAGUAUUUACCCUAGUUUUUUGGGACACAGCCUAUGGACUUUCAGACAAACGGUUGUGUGCCGAUGAGAAAUGUAAAGAAAUCAUAUCUUUGGGCAAGGGGAAAAUUAACUAUCGGGCGGGAGAGGAGGGCAUGGUCUCAUUUAAAAUCAAUUCCCCCAUUCGAAUUAAGUCGAAGAGCGCUGGGUCCAAUCCAUCUCUGUGGGGAGUAGAGGUAAAUGGCCGUGAAGGAUAUGCACCCAAAGAGUACAUCAGGGAGGAACGUAUCUUAAUAAGAGAAAAGGAUCUAAAACAUAUUGUGGAUGUAGUAAAGCCCGGUAGUCAAGAGCCUGCCGUUCCUCCUACUCCCUUACCCGCUGCAUCUGAAAAUAACGUGGAAACUGCAACUCCUACUACUCCUUUAAAUGACGUGGUUGUCAAUUCCCAAGAGGAAAAUAACGUGGAAACUGCAACUCCUACUACUCCUUUAAAUGUCGCGGUUGUCAAUACUCAAGCGGAACCUAUCAAUAACAGUCCUGUAGACAAGAGUGCCGAGUUGCCAUUACAAACUGCAACACCUGUUCAGGAUGAUGUACUUAUUGUGGAUGGAACAAGAAUUCCCACAUUAAAUGAUAACCAUCAAGAAAAUCAUACAAUGGGUUCCACGCUUCCUAUGUCCGAGGAUGACGAUGAAGAAGAUGAUGGCGAAAUUGGUGAUUAUGAUGAAGACGAAGAACUCGAAGAAGAUGAUGAGCAUAGCAAGGAAACAUUGACCAAACAACCCAUGGAACCAGUUCCAUUCAAGUCCAAUGUAGAAACAAAUGAAUUUAAGCAAGCAGAAACAACGGAAACUACUACCCCAGAAAAUACUACCACAAAGACUGAUGAGGCUCCCAACACUGUUGCUGAUAAUCUAUCGGAGACUACAACAAUUUCUCCAAGUACUGAGGGUGAUGUAGUUACGUCUAGCACUGAACAACCGGAAAUUGUGACUGAGUUGAAUGAAGCCUCAACUGAGCAAAGUGUUGAAAAUGUGGACCAAAAUGAUUCUAAUGCCCAACAAGAACCUGCAGUGGAAGUCACUUCUACUCCCACAGAUGAUGUAAAAUCAGAGGAAUAUAAGCAACAAGAAGUUCCUAUCGAAGAGCAAAAUCAAGAUAGUUUAAAACAAGAGAUUACCUCUGAGACUGGUACCAUCAACUCCACCACUGAAGCCUUAAAUACUGCCAACAAUGAGGAAGAAAUUCUCAACACAAUCAACAUAUCUACUGAACAAAGUCUUCCUGAGAGCACAACACCUGAAACCACAUCAAAUGUAGUCAGCUCAACAGAAGGCGAGCAAAAUUCCAGUGAGCAACCUGUAAGUGAGCAAGUGGUACAAAGUGAUUUACCAAUGGAAUUGCCAAUUGAAAAUACACUCAAUACACAGGAAGGAACAGUACAAACAGAUAUACCUACAUCCCCAGACCAACCUCCCGCAAUUCCCACAGCAAAUAUUCGAAAUGAAAUUGAAUCUCCCAUAGUAUCCACAAACCUUGAUUCACAGACUGAAAUUCCUAUGUCUAGUACAGAAAUACCCCCUGUUUACAGUGAUCCAUAUCAACAACCAGAGUUGAAACCAACUGAAGCACCUGUGCUUAGUACCGAAAUUCCCCCUGUCUAUAGCGAUUCCCAUCAACAGCAAAAUACUUUCGAUUAUGUUAAUCCCACACAAUAUAAUCCUUACGUUGAAUCAUCCAACACACCAUUACCACCUCAAUACGAUUACCAUCAAGUCACAACUGAGUCAUCAUUGCCUACUGAAACUCCAUAUUAUGAUUAUUACGGACAGCAGCAAUCUACGGGAUAUGAAGGCGAAACAACAACAACAAUCAAACCUGAGAUAACGAUUAACGACACUCCCAUAGUUAGCGAACCGGAGAUUACUACAAUUAAACCUCAAUCUGUUGACAAUUCUUAUUAUAAUGAUGUUCCACAAGGUCAGGGUUAUGUUGAACCUCUUCAACCCCUAGUAACGCCGGAACCACCCAAAUCAACGGAAGAAGAGCCAAAAUCAUUGCCAUCACUUACACCAGCCCAUCAUCAUGACGAUCACAUUGAUAAGAAGGAUAAAGGUUUAUUUGCCACCAUAAUGGAUACCGUAAAUAAUAUAUUACCUAACAGCAAGAAACCCAAAUAUCCAGCUGAAGAUGACAAUGAGUUAAAUAGAAUAUUGUAUCCGGAUAUGGGUGGCAAACAUCCAGCAUCACUACACCAAACUAACGAAGAUGGAAGUUUCUGUGAAAAAUUGGGCCCCAAUGAUUGCCCUCAUUCGACACAAAACACCGUUAAGCACCAUUCAGAAGAAGAAUGUACUUGUUCGCUGAAGUCUUUCAUAACCACCGAAUUCACACUGGAAACCUUUGUCCAAGCUUUGGCAUCUAAGGUCUUGGAAAUCAGUGAUUUAUUGGCAUUCUUAGCCAUAGUUGCUGCAACCACCCUAUUCUUUGUUUUUGGUUAUUAUUGUUUCUGCAAUAGCAGCAGUGAGGGUGCUUUACUUUCGAAACUCAAUCAAUUGGAGAGUAGUUUAUUGGCUUCCCACAAAGAAAAUGCUAUUCUUAAGCAUAACUUAAUGUCGACCCGACAGAAGCUGUCCAGCAUUGAGGAUAAUUCUUUCGGUUCGAAUGAUAUGGUGUUGUCGAUUAAAAAGGAAUUAGAGGAAGAAUUAGUGGAAAAGGCUAGAUUGCAAGAACAAAUAACAUCAUUGCAAAAGGAAUUAGAAGCUGCUGCCGAUGCUGGCAUUGAGUUGAAUAAAAUCGUUUCGGAAUUAUUAAGUAACCAGACUGGAGACGAAAGCAUCAUAAGUAGUGUCGAAGAAUUACAAAAACAAUUGAACGAACAGCAAAAUACUAUUUUGGAGAUUAAUGCCAGCUUGGCCGAAAAGAGCCGUGAAAAUAGCGAAUUACAGCUAUUGAUUGCCGAACAAAAUGCUCGCUACGAAUCGCAAAUUUCUAAUCUUCAAAGGGACAAUGAUGAGUUGGAAGCUGAAAAGGGUAGUCUUAUCACUCGAUUGGAUGAAGUUAAAAAUGAUUUUGACAAGGAUAUCACCGCUGCAUUGGAGGGAAAGAAUUUCGAAAUAAAACGCCUACAAAACGAAAUUGUAGAUUUAAGUGGUAAGCUGGAAGCGGAGCAUACUAAAUGGCAGACUAGUCUGGCUAAGGUGGAGGCCUUAGAAGAGUGUCUGAAGAAUGUGAAAAAGGAUCCCAAUGUAAAUAUAACCCAAGUUAUAGAUGUGGCCAAUAUCAGAGCAGAACUUUUGGACGCCCAAAAGAAAUAUGCCACCCUAAAGGAACGUUUGGAACUAGAACUGGAUGCCCGAAAAGUAUGUGAAAAUCAAUUGCAAGUGGCAACAGCUGAAGUGGAAAAACUGAAACAAGACUUCAACCAAUCGGAAAAAGACAAGUUGGAAGCUCAAACUCGUCUAGAAGUAUUAUCCAAUUACUUCAAGGAAAAGGAGACCCAGUUACAAAAAGAGUUGAGCCUAAAGGAAACCAUGUGGUUGCAGCAACAAGGUGAAACCAGUACAACUGUGGAACGUUUAACGGCUAUGCAAGAGGAAAUACAAUCAUUGAAAUCUCAAAAUGAUGCUUUGCGUGCUGAGAUUGAAGCUCAAGUAGCUGCACACAAGGCCCAAACAGGCACACUAGAAAAUCGUGCCCAUGAGACAUGGUUGGCAGCACGCCAAUCGGACAGACGCUAUGAAGAAGCCAGGGCGGAAGCCACAGCUUUACGUAGAAAAUUAACAGCAUUAGCUGGUGGCAAUGUUAAUGAAGCCAAUAAACCUUCAGCUGGUCCUGCAGGCCUGGGCGAUGAUUUAGCAAAUGCCCCAUCACCCAUACAUAUGGAGUCUCCUGGCUCCCCCAUGUUAGGCAGAAUGCCACCACCACCAUUCCUACCGCCACCAUUUAUGGGACCACCUCCACCAUUUAUGGGUAUGCCACCACCACCUCCUUUUGUGCCACCAGGUGAGAUGCGUCCAGCACCAUUGGGACGUAUCAUGUCACCGCCGCCACCACAACGCUCAAGUCUAAUGGACUACGAUGACUAUCUGGAUUACGAAAGUAACAAUUCGUGGCAUCGGCAUCACACAUAUUCACCACCACCACGAACAUAUCGAUCACUCUCACCCACAGAUAGCCGCUACAACUAUGGCACAGAACGCGAUCUUAUGUCCACCUAUGACACAGAAACCGAUUUCAGCCCACCACCCAGUCCUCGGGAAUCAAGAAGGCGGGCUGGUUAUGACAGUGACAAGGGUGGCAGUAGACAUCCAUACAAUAAUUCUAAGAAAUCGUCUUCAGGCCAUAAAGGUAAUAUCAGUUCCGGUUCCGACAAAUCCUACAAUUCCUCAUCCAAAAAAGGUGGCAACAAAUCAAAGUCCAGCGGAGGAGGUGGUGGGGGUGGUAAAUCGCUAGUAUGAUUUGUUCUUAAACUCCCUUCCACGUUAGAGGAAAUAAAGCCCCCACAUAAAACAUUUCCGUUAAAAAUGCAUUAAGCCUAAGAGAGCGAGCGAGUCUGAGAAUGAUGAAUGUUAGUGAGCGUCUUUACUACGACGUAUGUGUGCCGUGUCUGCUGUCGACUUUUUUUGUUAAUUGUGUAGUUAAAUUUAAUUUUUUAAAAUUUACUCAAAAAUAAGAAGCAGAGAAUGAAUGAAAACAUUCUUAACUUAAUGAUACUUACUAAGAAGAAUAACCUACAAAAAUAACUAAUACAACAACAAGCCAAAUUAUAAAA